UCGCCUGCCAAUCACCAGUCUGAAAGACAGACAGACUCGUGGACAGACAGACAGACAUGUUGAGGCUGGUGUUGCUGUUGUUGAUGUGGACAUGGACGAGCUCAGCGCUGGUCAGGGUCCCUCUGAGGCGGAUGAGUUCGAUUCGUACUCAGCUGCGAGCUGAUGGCCGGCUGCACGAGUUCCUGAAGGAACACCGCCCCGACAUGUUUAACCGGCGCUACGCUCAGUGCUACCCGCCCGGUACGCCAUCACUGCGGCUCGGACGCUCCACCGAGAAAAUCUACAACUUCAUGGACGCUCAGUAUUACGGUGAAAUCACUUUGGGGACUCCAGAGCAGAACUUCUCUGUGGUUUUCGACACCGGUUCAGCGGACCUCUGGGUGCCGUCAUCCUACUGUGUCAGCCAAGCAUGUGCGUUGCACAAGCAUUUCAGGGCAUUUGAGUCAACUUCGUUUCAUCAUGACGGUCGGACGUUUGGCAUUCACUACGGAUCAGGACACCUGCUGGGAGUCAUGGCCAGAGACACACUGAAGAUCGGGGAUCUGAAAGUCCUGAACCAGGAGUUUGGGGAGUCAGUCUACGAGCCUGGUUCUGUAUUUGUAAUGGCAAGGUUUGACGGUGUCCUGGGGAUGGGUUACCCGUCCCUGGCAGAGAUCCUUGGGAACCCUGUUUUUGACAGCAUGUUGGCCCAGAAGACAGUGGAUGAGCCAGUCUUCUCCUUCUACCUCAGCAGGAAAACAAGAAGCAGCAACCCAGAAGGGGAACUACUGCUGGGCGGAAAAGACGAGUCAUUGUAUACAGGACCAAUCAACUGGGUCCCUGUGACUGCUAAGGGAUACUGGCAGAUUAAGAUGGACAGUGUUGCAGUGCAGGGUGCAAGCUCAUUUUGUCCUCAUGGUUGCCAGGCGAUUGUAGAUACUGGAACCUCCCUUAUUGCCGGGCCGACCUAUGACAUCAUCAGCCUUCAGCAGCUGAUUGGAGCCACACCCACAAACAUAGGAGAGUACCUUAUUGACUGUGCCAGGUUGUCCAGUUUGCCUCAUGUGACAUUCGUCCUGGGAGGAACAGAGUACACACUGACUGCUGAGCACUACGUUAGGAAGGAGAUGCUUGGCGACAGGGAGUUGUGCUUCAGUGGGUUUCAGGCUGUGGACAUUGUUUCCGCUGAAGGCCCUCUGUGGAUUCUGGGAGAUGUAUUUCUGUCAGAGUUCUACAGCAUCUUCGACAGAGGACAGGACCGCGUCGGCUUUGCCCGUGCUAAGCAUGCAACCGAAGGCUAACCCAUUGGUUAUAAAUAACAGACACAACUGUGUGAUCAAUAAAUACGAUAAAACUGAAAAUAC